UAACAGAUAGUCAACAUGCCUCGUGCUCCAAGAACUUACUCCAAGACUUACUCCGUCCCAAAGCAACCUUACGAAUCUGCUCGUUUGGACGCUGAAUUGAAGCUCGCUGGUGAAUUCGGUUUAAAGAACAAGAGAGAAAUCUACAGAAUUAACUUCCAAUUGUCCAAGAUUAGAAGAGCUGCUAGAGAUCUUUUGACCAGAGACGAAAAGGACCCAAAGAGAUUGUUCGAAGGUAAUGCUUUGAUCAGAAGAUUGGUGAGAAUCGGUGUCUUGUCCGAAGACAAGAUGAAGUUGGAUUACGUCUUGGCCUUGAACCCAGAAGAUUUCUUGGAAAGAAGAUUGCAAACCCAAGUUUUCAAGUUGGGUUUGGCUAGAUCCAUUCACCACGCCCGUGUCUUGAUUUCCCAAAGACACAUCGCUGUUGGUAAGCAAAUCGUCAACAUUCCAUCUUUCAUGGUCAGAUUGGACUCCCAAAAGCACAUUGACUUCGCCCACAACUCCCCAUACGGUGGUGGUAGAGCUGGUAGAGUUAAGAGAAAGAACCAAGGUAAGGGUGAAGAUGCUGCCGAAGACGAAGAAUAAAUUAUUUAGUUUGGAUUGAAAGGUGUCAUUUGGCACGGUAAAAACAAUAUAUAAUUUCUCUUA